CUUCGAUCUCCUGAUCUCCCCCCUCUCCUCCCUCUUCACCUCAUCUCAUCCUUCUCGGGGAUGAUGGUCACUCCUUUCCUUACCGUUUGAUAAAUCAAAAGAUAUCCCGGAAACAGUUCUCGACUGUUUUGUGGUGGGUGGUUGUUUGUCUAUUUAAGCCUCCCCGGUUUGAUCUGCAAAACAAUCGAAUACCUUCAACAUAAUCGACCUCCUCCAACUGCGGAAAAAAUAUAGGCGAACUGUUAGAGAAUGGGCCAGAGGCACAACAGGCGUCGCACUCGUCCGCGCUCUCGAAACCGCAGCAGCAGCAUAACCAACAACAACAAUCGCCUUAACCUCAUCGAAGCUAUCUCCCGACCUCUCAAUUCAGUCCUACCUUCGGCUUUCGACUACCAUGAAAUUCCUGCCCCAACCUGGCACCAUGGGGAUUUCAUAUGGCAGACUCGACAUCGCACGAUGAGGCUGGAAACCUCCCACAUAGAGGCGGAGCAGUGUCGACUUUUUGGUGGUGAACCCGGUGACGACGUGGGCCUUUGCUAUCGGAUGCUGGAGUAUUUCGGUGGGCUUGAUUACAUCGACUGUCCCCAGUCUCUGAACGCACUACCUGGAUGACGCGCAUAAAUAUUCGGAAAUCGUCGGCCCUUUUUGAAAACUCAACGAUUCACAAAAGUGUCAGUCAGACGGUGGAAAGUAAAAAAGAAAAGUAUGAAGAAAAAUAUCCCAACGGGCAUCUCCAACAUGGCAUGGAUCUUGAAAACAAAUUCAAUUGAAGUUGGAUCCUCGGGCCGGGCUGUUCCAUCCUUUGCAGCCACUACAACUCGACGACAUCAGCAGGACGAAAGCCAACGGCGAUCCCACCAGCCUCCCGAGAGGCUUCGAGAAGCCAGAUUUCACUGGGCACUAUCCAGG